AGACUUCCAAUGGUUGCCUCUUUCCUCGAUCGGAUCCUUGCCCAAGCUGCAUGGCAAUGCCUUAAUGGCCAACCUACACGCUUUCUUGCAUGCUGCAGUACCAGCUCCGUUGACGGAAGACGGAGUAGCGGUUGUCGAUAUUCGCGCCUAUCUUGCUAAGAUCAACCGCGAGCACGCAUCCCAAAGGAAUCAGUUGGCAGGUGAGGCCAGCAUCAAUAUGCACAACUUUCCUUCGUUCAACAAGAAGGCCCUAGACCUUGAAGCAAAGAUAGGGCCUGGACAUAAUCCCACAACGGAUGGUCGGAAGAAAACACUGUCUCCCAACUGGAAAGCGAAGGGUCGCAUUAUGUUCGUCGAUAACGAUGGUUCAACCAUCGAGUUAGAUGACAACUUCCAGGAGGGAGUAGGUUCAGAGGCUGGCAGCGUAGAAGCUUUAGGGGAUGGAGUAGUCGCUGCCGUAGCACAAAAAGUAACCACGGAUGCCCGUCAAUAUGGCAUUGGUGUCGUACUUGCGCAACAGGAGAGGGAAAAGUUAAGGCAUGUCGAGUACAUGUCUAAGAAGAUGUCGUCUCAUAAGUUGGCCAAGUCCACCUAUGAGAAGGAACUCUAUGCGAUUUACAAGGCUCUGACCCAUUGGAGGCACUAUCUCCUUGGGAGGUUCUUCAUCCUUAGGACUGAUCAUCAAACCUUGAGGUGGAUGAGACCUCUGCCGGUGCUCACUGACGCUCUAAAGCGUUGGAUCGAAGUCAUUGAGCAAUAUGACUUCGACUCGCAGUAUCUAAAAGGGGAGUACAACAAGGUUGCUGAUGCCUUAUCGUGUAGACCUGAUUUCUCAGCAAGUGUGGCCGCGUCGAGGACGAAGACAGCUGGAUUGGCAAGUUGCCUAACGACGACGCCAGGCGGUACAAUCGACGGAGAAGGGGACGACGACGAGCGCGCCACUACAGAGGUCGUCGGUCGUCAGUUUUGGGAUGAUGAACGACAACGAUUGCGUUCCGCGAACACGUCCAGCAUAACGAGAGGGGUGGCGAGAAUCAGUGUGGGGGCCGAAGACGUAUUUGUGGACUGCGAUGGUGGAGGUGGCGAGGAGAUCGCUGCAGACGACGACGGUGAUGACAACGACGAAGACGACGACGGCGAGAUGGAGAUUCGUCCAGUAGGGAGGAAGGGCGGAGGGUCGAGGGCGACAACCAAGGUUAGAGAAUCGCGCACAGGACGGAAAGGCAAGAAGUGCGUCGAAGAAUCGUCGACAGGCGACGUAACAAAAAGCAGGGAUUUUUGGACAGUGGAGCAUAUGAUCGCUCUUAUCAAAGCCAAAAAAGACCAGGAUUUGCAUCUGGCCGGCAUGGGGCACAACUACGGACGGAUGAAGACGAAGACAUGGAAGUGGGACGACGUGGAAAAGAGGCUCGUGCAGAUGGAGGUGACGAGUAGGAAGGCCGUCGACUGCGGAAAGAAAUGGGACAACCUGUACCAGCAGUUCAAAUCCGUGCACAAGUUCAUGGGAGAAUCCGGGAAGCCUAACUUCUUCACACUGACGUCGGGGGAGAGGAGGGAGCGGGGGAAGUUGAAGAGAAACAGCGGAUCAGGCGACAGCGGGGAAAGCCAAAAAGGCAGAGGGCACGUGCCGAAGUCGAAAAGGCAGCGCUUCGAUGACGAGAGCUCCGAACAUACUGCCGACUUUCAGGCCGAGGAAGUGUCGAUGGUGGAUGCACAAGGGGCAGACGUCGUGAGGCGAUUGGGGUUUGGGCAGGACGGGGUGCCGAGGGAGCAGCUGCCCGCUCUGAAGCAAGGCUUGGUUGGUGGUGUCGCCGUCACGUUGGCACGAACCCCAAAGGCAGCAGGGAUUGUCAUGAUGGACGCGCGCGUGGUGAGACAAGUUCCGCCAAUGGUCGGGCACGGGCAGCCACGUCAGCCACUCCCCGCGCAACAGGCGGGGGCUUCAGGGGUGGAAAAAACACCGUCCGCGCAAAAGGUUGACACGACGGCGGGCGGUAGUCAGAUGGUGGCGGGGGAUAACACCACCCGGAGCGGAGUCGCGAAAACUGCGAAAGAGGGGAGGGUUGAUGACGUCCGCCGCGAUGAUGGGAGGAAGGAUGCCAGGGGGGGGGCCGAUGAUGACGACGACCGUCCGGUUUCAGCGAUGGUGAAGAGAGGGGUUAAAGAGGAUGAUCUCGAAGAGAGGUCGAAGUUAGCGCGCAACGUGGAGAAAGUGGUGCUGCGCACCAUCCACGGCCGGAUCUUCAAAUCGUCGUCGAGGUCGUCUGGCUUCGCUCGUGCUCAAUCGUACGUGAUAGUGGACUUCACAACAGAUGUCGCGCGAGCAGUCUGGCAGGCUUUAGAAUGGUCGAAAGUUGUUUCACCUGCCCUCGCCUACCACACGCUGGCGAUGAAGAUGAACGUGCCUAUGUGGUUUGCUGGAUUGAAGAUUGCGGAUAGGCCCGAAGACGACGACAAGGCGGCGCGGCAGGAGGCAACAGUUCUUCGUCUGGCGGACUGCUGGACAGAUGCAGUUUGGUGCGGGCAAUGGGCAGAUGGUGGCCGCGUGAAACAGGAUAGGUUGACGCACCUUGCGGAUUGUCUUCGAGUUUUGUUGAGCGCGUGCAUGUGGAUCAUGGGGAUGGGCGGUGACAACGACCGUUCGCACUACGAGGCAUCAUUCUACACGUCCAUGGUCGCGAAACCAACACUCAUAGCGGCGGGCUCCUACAUCUUCAACUGGCGGCGGGAAAUCGUUGACACCGCCAACCACGAUUCUGGAUCGUCUGGGGAAGGCCCACCUCACGCUGGGAAAUUACCCUUGAGGCUUGGUGUAAAAGUCAUGUCUGCGCAAGCGGUCAAGGACGUCGCAGAGGUGUCUGAGAUGCUCCUCAAGGGUACGACUGUAGAUCAAGAUAUCGUCGAGGUGGAUGAGAGCGUACUGCUCCAGAAUGUCCCUGAAAAUGUGGUUCAUCUCCCUCUGCAAAGUAGCGGGUGCGUUGAGACGGAGAGUUUCAUCCACUUUGCGAGCAAAGAGGACGGGUGCACGCCGCGGGGAAUUGCUGGGUUUAAUGAAACCCAGUCUCAGGACCUCCUCAAGUUGACGCUUGAGUUUGGUGGCCUCGAGGAUCGAGAGUCUAAAGGGUGCCUGGUGGUGAACGUGCUAGUCAGGCAGAAGCUAGAUGGAGUGCUCGACAUUGCGCAUCGGUGGAAUGCCGGUGUACGAGAACGACGAUGGAAAAACGUUGUGGUACUCUCGAAUGAGGUCACAAACUGCGGGCUUCGGGUCGGUCGCAUAGCGUGCGAGUUCCUCGACGUCAACGUCAGCGCACGACGACAGGGUGAUCUCGACGAACGGCUGAGGGAGGGAAGGAGAGAUGGGAGCCAUGGAGAUAGAAGGAGGAUCUGCCUCCAGAGAGAUGAGCUCGGCGUCGGGACAGGGUGGAUCAUAGUGCAAGAGAUCCGUAACGUUCACCGUAAAGAAGGUGACGUUGUCCUGCCAGAUGAAGUGAGGGAACUGCUAAGGCGAGUUGCGUGCCCGGGAGAGGGUGGAGAGGGCGAGCUGGAGGCGCUCGGCCACAGCAAGAGUAGAGUCGUCCAGGUGGUAGUGGACGGUCUCGCAGAGGUCGAGGUCGUCACUGUGGUCACCUUUAGGCGACAGUGGGGCAACAACGUUCUUCUCACCAUACUCGAGUGCGCUGAAGCGGCGCGAGAAGUGGCGGCCCUACUGCGUGGAACAGCGGGGGCGACCGCGGAAAGGGGAACGGCGUUGGGAAGUGUCGUGAGAGGAGGAGGGGGCGUAACCAGUAUGCUAAGGCUGGGAGGAGGGAGUGGAUUGAACACGGGCCCGCAUCCGCUGAUGGGACCUAGCGGCCUCCGCACCUCUUCCUGUUACACAACAAUGAGAUCUGGGAAGUCAACCCAGGUGCAUUCAGCCGAGGAGCAGGCAGAAAUAGACCGUUGGCUGGCAGAGAAAAGAAAAGAGAAAGAGGAGAAGAGGAAGAAAAAGGAGGAGGAAGUGAAGAAGAAGUUGCAAGAAGAAAAGCAGCAGAUGGAGGAGGUUCAGGAGAAGGAGAGGGCCAUGAAAGAAAAAGAGAGAAGGUUGUUGGAGGAGUUGAUGGCCAUAGAAGAGGAGGAACAAGAGGAGGAAGAUGCACAGAGGCUGGAAAGAAGGAGAGGCGGACUGCAACAAGAGCAGGCUGAGAGCAACCAAAUGGGCAACAUUCGGAUGCGCCAGUGGGAAGCAAUGGACUGGUUAGGCCAGCUCGGGUUGCGGGAUGAGUUGCCAGCUGAGACUGAGGAGUAGAAAGAAGCUUUCCUCAAAUUACUGGCGGAAGUAAAGGAUGAGGAAGAGAAACGAUUAUUGGUGGAGGAGAGAAGAGCAGACUUGCAUAACCGCAUGCUGCUAGAGAAAAGAAAAGGGUUUGAUGAGAAGAAGACGAUGAAGGAGGAGGGAGAAAGUUUGCGGAAGUUGCUGCAGCAGCAGAAAGGGAAGCAGGUUGGAAUGGAAAAGAGACUUACCCUCCUCACUGACACCCUCCUCCAUACCAAUGAUAAGCUCACUGCACUCCACCACACCGUUAACAAAGUAGAGGCACAACA